CCUCUUCCUCUUGCCGCCACAGCCGUUGCGUUUAAUCACAAUUAGGUGUGACUGAUGACGCGCGGACGCUGGCUCGGUUCGGUAGCGGACUUUGUUAGAGGACCUGCUUGUGGAUUUGGGAGCACCUAAGACUGACUGCUUUUUAAGAAAGGAGGCGGAACCGAGCGAGCGGAAGGAGGGAAAAUGUGCAGGCAUCACACUGGCUUCCAAUGUGGCUUCACCACGGCUGGACUCCACCUGGAUGUGUACUUUGGAUGUCUCCAUGAAGGUGUGUGUUGGAUGCCGUGGUGACCUGCUGGCGGUGCGACCCUCCACCAACCGUCUCAUUUCUGUGUGGGGGAAAAAAGUGAACGUGGAUGCGGUUUCCAGGUGCAUUGAACGCAUCAUGAGCACAGAGAGAGUUGAAGAAGAGUGAUGGAAGUGAUGAUGAUGAUGCGAGCAGGGAUGUCUUUCUCUUAAAACACUCCACUGGAGGCCGACAUCAGACACACACGCAUGAGUGAGGGGUCACGCAAAAGGGACGACGACACCGGCCGGGACUUCUUGGAAGCCAUCGCCGUGGCAACCCACUGAGACGGUCAGCCUGCAGACACUGAUGUGACUGAGCUCUUUUCUUCAUCAGGUAGCACCCCAUCUUUACUGGCUGCAUGGACACAUCGUCAAAGUCGUGGCUGCCACAUCAGGGUCAGUUUGGGUUGGGUGGUCAAGUGGAGGUGUGCUGUGGCGGACCCGGCGUUUUGACCCCAAACCAAUCACGCAGGGCAAGUUUUGCCUCUGUGAGACAGUCAAGCAUGGAGACUCCCCCGAACGCUACCCCGCAGUCCUUCAGGCAGCCGAGUUUCCUCAAUCGGAGGUUGAAGGGUUCCAUCAAGAGGGCCAAAAGUCAGCCCAAACUGGACCGGACCAGCAGCUUCAGGCAAAUGAUCUUGCCUCGGUUUCGUAGCGCUGAUCAAGAGAGGACACGGUUAAUGCAGAGCUUCAAAGAAUCCCACUCCCACGAGUCCCUGCUUUCUCCUAGCAGUGCUGCCGAGGCUUUGGACUUGGUUCUGGACGAAGACGCAAUUAUAAAGCCAGUUCAUUCCAGCAUUUUAGGCCAAGAGUAUUGCUUUGAGGUGACCACCAAUUCAGGGACAAAAUGUUUUGCCUGCCGGUCUGCAUCAGAGAGAGACAAGUGGAUUGAAAACCUGCAACGAGCUGUCAAACCCAACAAGGACAACAGCAGGCGAGUGGAAAACGUGCUCAAGUUGUGGAUCAUCGAAGCCCGAGACCUCCCGGCGAAGAAACGCUAUUACUGUGAGCUGUGUCUGGAUGACAUGCUCUACGCCCGCACCACCAGCAAACCUCGCACAGACACCAUCUUCUGGGGCGAGCACUUUGAGUUCAACAAUCUGCCCACCAUUCGUAGCCUUCGUUUGCACCUUUACAAGGAGACAGACAAGAAGAGACGCAAGGAAAAAAGCACAUACCUCGGCCUCGUCAGCAUCCCCAUCUCCAGCAUCACGGGCCGGCAGUUUGUGGAGCAGUGGUACCCUGUCAUCCAGUCCAGUGUUUUGGCCAAGAGUGGCGGCGUCGGCAGUGGCAAAGUCAUCAACGCCUCGCUCCGCGUCAAGUCCCGCUACCAGACCAUGAACAUCCUUCCCAUGGAGCUGUACAAGGAAUUUGCCGAGUACAUCACCAACAACUACCGAACACUGUGUGCGGUCCUGGAACCACUGUUGAGUGUCAAGAGCAAAGAGGAGGUGGCGUUCGCGCUCGUGCACAUCCUCCAAAGCACUGGGAAAACUAAGGAGUUUUUGUCCGACAUGGCGAUGUGUGAGGUGGACCGAUUCAUGGACCGCGAACACAUGAUCUUCCGGGAGAACACGCUGGCCACGAAGGCUGUGGAGGAGUACCUCAAGUUGAUAGGUCACAGAUACCUCAAGGAUGGGAUAGGUGACUUCAUCCGAGCCUUAUAUGAAUCUGAGGAGAACUGUGAGGUGGACCCCAUGCGGGUGCCACCUUCGGUCCUGGCUGAUCAUCAAGCAAACCUUCGCAUGUGCUGUGAGCUCCUCCUCUGCAAGAUCAUUAACUCUCUCUGCAUUUUCCCUCGUGAGCUGAAGGAGGUGUUUGCGUCAUGGAGGGCGAGAUGCGCCGAGCGUGGAAGGGAGGACCUCGCCGACAGCCUCAUCAGCUCAUCGUUGUUCCUUCGCUUCAUGUGCCCAGCCAUCAUGUCCCCAUCCCUCUUCAACCUGACACAGGAGUACCCGGCCGAGCGCACCUCGCGGACGCUCACCCUCAUUGCCAAGGUCAUGCAGAACCUGGCCAGCUUUAGCAAGUUUGGGCCCAAGGAGGAGUUCAUGUACUUCAUGAACGAAUUCUUGGAGAUGGAGUGGGGCUCCAUGCAGCAGUUCCUCUAUGAGAUCUCCAAUAUGGACGCUGGAGGAAACGCCGGCGGCUUUGAGGGCUACAUUGACCUUGGCAGAGAGCUGUCCAUGCUGCAUAGCCUACUGUGGGAAGUCAUGGGCCAGCUCAGCAAGGACGCUAUCCUCAAACUGGGGCCGUUGCCUCGACUGCUGAAUGACAUCAGUGUGGCCCUGAGGAACCCGCAGCUGCACACCACCACCAAUCACCAGCCCGAGCGACCCAAGGACAGACUCUUCUCUCGGCCUACAUUCAAUCGCCUCAUGUCCUCUGACUUCCAGAGCCUGAUGAUGCGCGACUUAAACAGUUCUAUAGACAUCUCCCGCCUGCCAUCGCCCGCCACCGGCAUGUCAGCCGUGGAGUCCCUCUCAUCCAACCUCAACAUGAGGCGCCAGGCAGAACGAGACCUGCGCUCAUCCAGGGAAGUGUUCUAUGUCACACGCCCGCCGCUGGCCCGAUCCAGCCCGGCGUACUGCACGAGCAGCUCUGACAUCACCGAACCAGACCCUAAGGUACACAGUGUGAACAAGAGUGUGUCCAUGAUGGACCUUCAAGACUCACGCAUGAACAGCAUUUCCAACUUGAACUCUGUGGGAGACAUGCUGACCUCCUCACAGGCCUCCAUCGCUGGCUUAGGGCAUAGUUUCAGCAACCUGGGCGGUCCUCUGCGCAUGGGCGGGCACCUUCCCAGCGGCUCGGCGGGGUCGGGCUUGAGGUUGAGCCAGAUGGGUCACAUUGGCGGCCCCACCGAAUCCAUCUCCCAGCAGCAGCAGCAGGCGGCUGCGGCCAUGCACUACCCCCUGUCUUUCCAGAACCCUCUCUUCCACCUCGCCGCCCAAAACUCACCGGCGCAGCAUCCUCCCCCACCGCUCCUCCUCGCCCCGGAGCCAGAGAAUGGCCACCACGACUAUGUGCCGGCGUUCGGCAACAACGCUUUCUCCCGCAGCGAGGACUUGUCGGCCCUGCGCUCUCAGAACAGCCUGGUGCAGCCCAGCAUCGUCCACUCACACAGCUACAGUGAUGACUUCAGCCGGCAGAACCAGAACAAUGACUUUGUCUGGCAUCAGCUGUCACUGCAGGUGCAGGAGUCCCUUCAGCAGCAGCACAUGAUGGGCGUCACGUCUCAGACAGGCACUGGCACAGGUACACCCGCCUCCUUGGCCACACCUCCUACCACUGUUCACCCCGGGCGCCAGUCCUCCAUUGCGCCACAGCUCCUUAAGUCCCAGCGCUCCAUCAACACUCCAGCCACCGCUACACCUCCAAAAGCCCGACCCCAGAGCAGGAACCUCCUCCUAGACUCUUCCGACACCAACUUCAGCGGCAGUCAGCCGAAACGUCAGCAGUCGCAACAGCAGCAUCAGCAACAGCCACAACAACAACUGCAGACGCAGCAACAGGAGACACAGAUGCCUGUGACGGACAGUCCAGCUCCCGGGUUGCCGUUCCAGACGAGCUCCACCAAAGAGAACCAGGUUCCGUCCACGGCCGCUGAGGAGUCAACAGACACGCCCACAAAAAGCAACAAAAAAUCUCAGCAGCUGCAGCCUCCACAGCAGCAUCUGCUCAAGCCGGUGGUCAAUAAGGGUUCUCAGUCCAACUUGAACGAACGGACAGUGGCCUGGGUGUCCAACAUGCCACACCUCUCUGCCGACAUCGAGAGUCUGCGACCCGACCGUGAGGGUCAACUCAAGGAGUACUCCAAAAGCAUGGAUGAAUCCCGCUUGGAGAGGGUAAAGGAGUACGAGGAGGAGAUCCACUCCUUGAAGGAGCGUCUGAAAAUGUCUCAUCGCAAGCUGGAGGAGUACGAGCAGCGGCUCCUGUCGCAGGAGCAGCAGACAAGCAAGAUCCUGCAGCAGUACCAGUGCCGCCUGGAGGACAGCGAGCGGCGCCUCAAGCAGCAGCAGAUGGAGAAGGAUUCUCAAAUCAAAGGCAUCAUCAACAGACUCAUGGCUGUGGAAGAUGAGCUGAGAGGGGGUGCCAUUCCUGAUAUUAAGCCUCGAAUCCUCACAGACCAGUCGAUCAGCCAGGUCUAUGGCGGCCUCCCAGGAUCCUGACUGCCACUUCGAAAGCGACUAGGAUCCGUGAUGGUCAUACAAGUGUGAGCAGACGCCCUCCUUGCUCACCAUGUCUCCACAACAACAUCUACGGUACCACACAAGGAUACUUGUCGCUAUAAAAACUUUCAAAAGACCUCGACAAUCACUUUAUGACGGAGACCAAUUUUGUACAAAGAAUCACAAAUUGAGGGUAAACCAAUGCCUCACGAGGUGUUUCCUUAGCAGGAAGUGUUAAAAAUGGACAUUUGGGGAUUUUUGCGGGCCGCAAUGCAACCCUUCUUUUUUCAGGAGCUGUCGACAAAAUGUAGAAAAAGCACAAAGUCUGCCCUGAACAUGAAUAGGCAGAACAUCCUGUUCAUAUUUAAUCCUUUAGUUACAUAUUAUCAUCGGUCGGCCUGACUUUGCUUUCCUGCAUCUUUUUAAUCGCACAAUCAUCCUUUUGAAAACAAAUUAUAGCUGCUUAUACUCAAUUUCAAGCCUUUCCCUCUUUAUUAGAAUGCAUUUCACUUAUGAAAAGGAGAAAAUAAAGGCUAAAGUUGAUAUAAUAUCACAAUCAGUGAUCAUGUCAUAACGAGAAAGUAAAGUAUGUAAAUAAAUCCUGUACUAAACAAAGUAAACAGCUUGUUUAGGACAUUGUCUAGGACAAUUCAAGCUCCACUCCCAGCAGACUAUAAAGCAGGGGUGUCCAAACAUCCACUGAGAAAUCAUGCGACGCAGGGGCCAAUUUGAUAUUUUAUUUCUAAACAUCCCACAUAAAUAUGCUAAGAUGUUUCUAUAAAAUAGCUGUGUGUCAUAGGUGGCAAAACCCAUAUAUCACUUAGAUAUAUAUAUUUUAUUUUGGAAAAAGGCUUGGUUUUUUUAUGACUCAUCAGUCAUUGCAGCCCCCCUCCCCUUUUUUUUUGUUGGUAGAGUUCUUCUGUCAUAUUUUAAGCUGCGUACCGCAAAUGGCCCCCAGGUUGUUGGACACCCCUGCUGUAAGACGUCCUUUUCAGGUUUAAAAAUGACAACUGUAAAUGAGCCAUCUUUAUGGAGGUGCAAUAAAAAUAAGUUAUCCUGCCCUUUAUGUGUGUUGCUAAACAGGGUGAUUCCUACCUGCUUCCUGGAUGUUAGCAUCAGGUCGAAAAAAAUGAUAUAUUAACAGUCCAUCACGUUCUGCAUUAUCUCGAUUUCUUUCCCAGCGGGGUGUGAAAGACUGUCCCUGUAAGUAAAGUGAUGAAAAGUUGACGUGAACAAAACAGUACAGUAUAUCAUAGCAAGUCAUCUGUUGUGUUACUGAUGUGCGAUGGUUUUGCAUGUGCUUUUUAAAAAUGCAAAGAUGGUUAAGUCACAUAUUAUUCUGUUGUACCAAAAAAAAACAAAAGACAUUUUCUUGAACCAAACUGCCAAAUCUAUCUCUUGGCAUCGAUACAAGUAGGAAAGAAGUAGAAGGAGAACAAAGAUGGCGUUCAGGUGCAGGAUUAACACUGCCAAAUAUAUAAUACCAACGCCAGGUGUAACAUUUGUAUAUUAAAUGUCUUUUUGUAGUUAGGUGAUGAACUAAUGCUGUGUUGGUUACUGCGUAUGUAUGCGUCAUUUAUAUUACCAUGGCUGAUAUCAUUCACUUAAACCUCUUGCCUUUAAAAAAAAAUAACUUUUGCUUUCAACUAUACAAAAAGUUUUAUUUAUGUUUGUUACCAGAAAUGUAUAGCAUUAAUGUUUAAACCCACUUGCCAACUUAUUAGGCACACCUAGAUCAAAUGAAUAUUGUACGGUGGAAUGCAACAGGGUCAUUUAUAUUCAAAGCUAAUAAAGUGGCGAGUGUUUAUUUAUUCUUCUAUGUAAAACGUAUUCAAAUAAUAAUCAAAGACUAGGCCUUCAGGCAUGAACUUGUAAACAGAUUAUCUACUGUACAUUAUUCUUAUUAUUAUUAUUAACUCCUAAGGGUCUAUAGUGCAAUGCUGGGACGAGGCCUGACCAAUACCGGGUUACAAUUUAAUUAUUCUCUUUUCAAAUAUGUUUAUUUCAUUUGCUUUUUAUUGUUUUCAUUACGAGCAGAGUUCUACUCCAUAAUGUGGAAAUACGUUAUAGAAAGAGUAUGUUAAGCCCAUGCAUUCUUGGAGUCAAAGAGAAAUUGUAUACUAUUUUUAACACGUUGCGGCCACAAAUGUGGCUUCAACGUUGCUGUGCUAUCAAUUUAUCUUUAUUUUCCUGUUUUUUUCUUUCCAGUAUUGUGUUUCAGUGCCGUUACCAUCACAUAAGUAUGAGAUUAACAGUAUUUAUCAAACUCUCAGGUGUUUGAGGAACACAGAGAUGACCUUUACAUUGUUUUCAGUGUCAAAAGCACAAAAAAUAUAUAUGGAAAGAAAGUGAGCCGAAGAGCUCAACAGUUUUCAAAACAGUGCUGUGUGCUAAUACAAGCCCCACCUCCUCUAUAUGAACGAUACAAUUUGCACCUUGCCUUGGACUAUUAAAUGAAAGAAAUGAGGUAAUUUUUUGUUGAGAAUAAAACAAGCGAUGACAGACCUCAUCGAUUACAUAUAAUAUCUUGUAUAUUUUGAAUACUACUCUCAAUCAACUAGUGCAAACAUAUAUUUACGUUUCUAUAAUGGAUGUAUAGAGUUUUAGAAUAAAAAUAUUUUUUCUUGGCAGCUAUUAUCUGCACAAUUGACUUCCUGUGCUACACGAAGGAUCUUACAGAAUUUGACUGACUUGAUUUUGGCCGAGUGGAUGUAAUCAUUUAUUGACAUUUAGUUUUGAAAGAAGCCAUGCCCCAUUGAGAAGCCAUAUCCUACAGUUCCCUGAUGUGUUGUAUGGUGGAUGUUCAAUGUGGAUUUUUUCUUUGAUUUAAAAAUGCUAUAUUUAUUGUAGGUAUGACUGCGCUAAUUAUGAUAAUCGGUGUACGUGGAUUGAUAUGAUUUGUUAUGUUUCAACUGAAGGAAUGUAAUCUUUUUUUCAGGUGAUUUUUCUGGGUGAUUUCAAUAAAGUUUAAAGAUAAA